AUGACCAAAAACAAAAACCAAAAGAGAGCUAGGAUUAGUUCAAAUCAAGCCACAGUUCAUCAAAUCAACCAAGACUCAACUAACUCAAAUCAAACUAAACCCAACACCAAAACUCAAACUAAUUUACAAUCUGCAUUAAAAGGUACAAGAAAGAAUCUCAAUCAAGAAUCUCAAUCUACUUCUACUCCUUCAACGUCAACUUCCGUCACCAAACCAAAACCGAUCAUAUCAAAAGUACCAACAAUAUCGAGUACAUUUCCACCUAAUUCAAUCAAAAUCGUAUUCGGAUCAUAUGAACAUCUACUAUAUGGCAUUCAAAUCACAUUUUCAACAGAUACAUCAAUCUUACCUAACAUCUUACCACUUUUUCAUUUCCGAGCCCAUUCAGCACCAUUAACUUCAAUUGCAAUCUCACCUUCAGGUACUCAUCUAGCUACAGCUUCAACUACCGGUCCACUUACACUUUGGUCAUUACAACGACAAAGAGCUUUAGGAACCUUAUCAGCCACAUCGGCAAGUGAUGAUCAUCAACCUGGUGUAUCUCAUACGAGUUUUGAUCCCACUGGUAGAUUGUUAGCUGUUUCUGAUGGAGAUGAGAAAGCUAGAUUAUCACUUUAUCGUACAAGAGAUUGGGUUUUACUUAAAAGAUUACCUGGUCCGAUUUCCUUUGUUGGAUUUGAACCGAUCCGUUCGACUUUAAUGUUAACCGUCGGUCGUGAUAGAUGUUUAAGACUUUGGGAUUUAUCUCGUCAAGCUCAAUCUAAUCGUAGACCGAUCGGUAGUGUUAGAUUAGGUACUAUUGCUGAUUUGGUUCAAUGGAGUCCUACUGGUGAUUCUUUUGUGGUUUUGACUGGAGCGAUUGCUACUGUCUAUAACACUAAAAUGGAACCUAAAUUCACCUUCAAGUCACCUAGAGGUCGAGUCCACGAUGCCAAGUUUUUAACUAAUCAAACUGAAACGACCCAUUUGAUUUUAGCAUGCGAUGAUGGAAUUGGUAGAAUUUUCAAUUUAAAUGAUGAUUUUGAACCAUUAUGUGUUUCUGAAUUAAUUGGUCAUACUAAUCGUAUAAGAGCCAUUGAAUUAAUCGAAAUUAAUUCAAUUCUCUAUGGAAUUACAAUCUCAUCAGAUGGGUUUUGUAACAUCUAUAAACUUGAACCUACUACUUGGAACUUAGAUCCAAUUAAAGAUGAAGAACCUAAAGAAAUUAAACCUUUACUUCAAUAUGAUACCAAAGGUUCUAGAUUAACUUGUUUAGCUGUUACUGGGUUUUAUAAUGAUUCAAAUUCAAAAGGAAACACGCAAAACGAAGUUGGUGAUGAAGACUUUGGUAUUGAUCAAAGUAUGGUGGAUGAUGAUUUAGAUAUGGAUUCUGGUUCUGGGUCUGAUUCUGAUUCGAAUUAA